UUGAGAUGAGAGUGAAUGUAAAGGUGAUAUUAGGAGUGGUGGUGGUGUUGGCAAUUGUCACCCUGGGCAUUGAGCCUAGAAAUAAUGGUUUCUAUUGCAACGACCAGUCCAUUAGACACCCAUUCCUCGCAUUGCAAAUACCUUUAAGUCAACUGAUGGUCACUUGUUUCACACUUCCUAUUGUUAUAGUCGUUGUCAUUGAAAAUAUGAUCAAAACUAUGCCUCAAUCGGCCGUCAAAUCGAUUAUAUACCACAAUAUAAUUGCAUUCAUUUUCGGACUAAUAAUCAAUUUUCUGGUCGUAAUGUUAGCCAAGAAUAUGUUCGGACGACUCAGACCUCAUACCAUCAGCUUCUGUAAUGCCAACCAUUACUGCUCUGAAGGUAACCAUAACUCCAAU